GUCACAACAGCAGUGAAUGGCGAAGAGACACUGUACCAACAAGCGGGCUUUUCGAGGCAUGGAAACAACACUAAGUGUGAAAUGAAGGCGGUCCUGUUGAACUGAAAUGAGUGAUGAUCACAGCAAUGAAGAGGUGUCAGAUGAGCCUCAAGCCACCACAUCUUCAGAUGGGUCGAAGUGUGCUAUAUUGGAUGGAAAAUUCUUCAAAGUUGUAUCUCAAAAUCAAAGUGGAAAGAUUGAAGCGGAGUGCCAACUCUGCACUACCAAGAAAGUAAUUAUUUGUGGCUCGUAUGUCGCAACAACAAAUUUCAAGACGCAUUUGAAAAGACGGCAUCCAGAAAAAAUAGAGGAAUUUGAAAAUCAUAAAAAGGAAUAUGCCAGUGGCCAAAAGAAAAAAUCAAAAACUUUCAGGCAGACUCGUUUGUUCGAUCAUGCCAGCCCAUCAAUACCACAAACUAAGGUUGACUCCCUUGUCAAAUCCUUUAUUGUCAAAGGCAUGCACGCACUUGCCACAGUUGAACAACCCGAAUUCAUUGACCUUGUGCAAGGCCUUACCCCUGGUGCAAAUGUUAUGUCCAGACGCACACUAGGACGAAGGAUUGACGAGGAAUUUCUGGCGAAAAAAGCUGCCCUGAAAGAAAGGCUCAGAAAUGUGCAACAUGUUAGUACAAAAGUUGAUAUUUGGUCUACAAAGAAAACCAGCUAUUUGGGAGCAACAGUGCAUUGGAUAAAUGGAGACACACUGGAAAGGCAAUCAGCCGCUCUUGCUGUUAGGCAUUUUCCCAGCCCACAUACUUAUAACCGAAUAGCUGAGCUUUUGGAUGAGAUUCACACAGAGUAUGGGCUGUCUUCAGACACUAUAGUGUCUACAGUGACUGACAAUGCGUCCAACUUCGCAAAGGCCUUUGUGGAGUUCAGUGUCACUGGAAAAACAAGUGAUCCAGAUGAAGUUGAAGAGCUGGACGAAGAACUGACCUUCCUGGUCAUAGACCCUGAGAGAGAAGACACAUCUGAAUGUUCCAUCAUUUUACCACCACACGUCCGGUGUGCAACACAUACACUCAGUUUAAUCUCAACUACAGAUGUCAAGAAAUUGAUCACCAGCAAUGCUACUCUCAGCAGGCUGAAUCAUUCAACGAUGGCCAAGUGCUCAGCACUGUGGACAGCAUCUGGUAGACCAAAGAGUGCUGAAACGCUAGGCGAAGUAAUUGAACAGCAGCUGAAGACACCCUGCAUUACAAGGUGGAACUCCCUGUAUGAUGCCUUGAGCCAGCUGUCAUUCUUACGUGACAAGCUCCCUAAUGCCAUGAUUGCCCUGCAACUUCCACCAUUCAGGGAAAUGGAACUUGACUACAUUGAAGAAUUUUGCAAAGUGUUGAGACCUAUUGCCAUCUCAAUUGAUCGUCUUCAAGGUCAAACCUCUUGCUACUAUGGCGAGCUUUUGCCCACUCUGUUUGCGAUACAAGCAAAGCUUGACGACCUGCAAGCUUCAAACCUGCGCUUCUGUUCACAUGUGCUACAAGCUACAAUAGCGGGCUUCAGAAAGCGAUUCUUGAACCUCUUGCAGCUGGAGCAUGAUGUUAACGAGGCCAUCUUGGCAACAACAACGCAUCCAUAUUUUAAAAUGCGAUGGUUACCCCCAAGGUUGGCUUUAGAAAAGAAAAGAAUACAACAACUGAUGCUGCACUGA